UUUUUAUUCAAGUAUUUAUCAUUUCCCUAAUAAAUGCAUCAACAGGUAUUUUCGCAUCUUACACUAUGUACCUGUCAGAAGGAUCUGGAACUUUAGCAUUAAUGAUUGCACAUUUCUCUUGGUUACAUAUCCACGGAUUACCUCCAAUUAUUUACUUAACAUUAAACAAAACUGUUCGUAACGACACAAAAGCCCUUUUAAAAUAUAUUUUUAACUCACUAAAAACAUAUAAAAUUUCAAUUCAUGGAGGUUUUAUAAACAAUCAACAAAAUAUGCACAAUAUGACUGGAUAA